ACAGUAGCGCUCGAGUCUCGAGUUCUCACAUGUCUUGCACCGUUCCGUCCUGGUUCCGUCUUCACUGUACUGCAAACUACAAUACUUAUAUUCAGUUUUCAGUGCUUAGGAUUUUGGUAUAACCGCAUAUAACAGAUGGAUAGCCCCAUAGAGACCAAUAGAUCUGUACUAUCCGUACAUUUCGUUUUAACUCUGGUUUUAGGCACAGCUUGACGUCGACGUGACAAAUGAGUCUCUCGUGACGAUUAAUUGCGAUUAAUGUAACCUGUAGUAAACCCUUGAGUUGAUAGAAUCUCUGAAUUUGUCAGUAAAAAAAUGGUCUUAAUUCCGUUAAAAAAUUAAGUCGAAAGCAAGCGAUUAAUUUGAACCAAUAGCGAGGUCGAUAAAAACAAAAGCUUGGACCUUGACAAUUUCUGAUUGGACGAAAAAGCUGUCAACAGGGAUACUAUUUAUAAUCCACGUGUCUCCCAUUUCUGGUACUAAAUGCGUCCCGGUCUGUAGACAAACUCGGCGGUAUAAGUACAUAUUCGACGAUAAAUACUCGAGAAUUUUCCGUCUGGAUCUUUCAUUUACGAAGUAAUUACCGAAUGAGAAUGUCCUAAGAUUAUUCAGUCAUGUCAAAAUUAUUGAAAAUCGACGGGAGUCUGGGAGAAGGCGGUGGCCAAGUUUUGCGAAUAGCUAUAAGCCUCAGUGCUCUUUACGGUAUACCUGUAGAGAUCGAAAACAUUCGAGCUGGACGGCCAAAGCCUGGUCUUGCUGCACAGCAUCUUAAAGGUGUUGAAUUGGUACAAGAUUUGUGCAAUGCCAAUGUCAAGGGAGGCUAUGUGGGCUCAACCCGUUUAGAAUUCCAUCCCGGAUGUCUCAAAGGUCAAAAGAGAGAAUUCAAGGCUGACACGCAAACCGCAGGUUGCAUAGGUCUCUUAGCUCAAGUAGCUCUUCCAGUUGCACUUUUUUUACCUUCCGAAGAACCAAUAACCAUCAUUCUCAGAGGUGGUACUAAUGUUCCAAUGGGCCCUCACAUUGAAUAUCUAACUGAAGUCUUUCGACCUCACCUUAACAAAUUUGGGGGAGAUUUUAACUUCACCGUACUAAAAAGAGGAUAUUAUCCGAAGGGAGGUGGUGAAGUGCAUUUGAAAAUAAAACCAAUAAGGAGUUUGAAAGCUAUCGAAAUGAUGGAGCCUGGAGAUCCAACUGGAAUAUCUGGAUGGUCAUACGUUGCUGGAUCUGUUAAUAUUAAUGAAGCGCAUAGAAUGGCUGAAGAUGCUAAGAGAAUAAUAUCCGAUCGACUUGCUACAACAAGCAUUCCAAUACCACCAAUAAACAUCGAGGCUUAUCGCGAGGACAGAGGAAUGGCAGUGGGCAAUGGAUCUGGAAUAAACAUAGUUUGCCAGACAAGUAGUGGUUCAGUUUUUGGCGGUUCUGGUUUGGGAUCAAAUCGUCGAGACGGUCCUCCACCAGGUAUUGAAGCUGCUGAUCUGAUUAUACAACCUUUGAUUAGUGGAAGCUGCGUCGAUGACCACAUACAAGAUCAGAUAAUACUUCUAAUGGCACUGGCCAAAGGACGUUCUCAAAUAUUACUGGGAGAACAGAAAUUAACGCAGCAUACGAAAACAGCGAUACAAAUAGCAGAAAUCAUGCUCGGCGAUCGUGGCCUCCAUUUCACUUCUCGAGAUUCUGCAAGCGAUGGUGACACAGGCACUUUCAUUCUCGAAUGUGAUGGCUGUGGUCUUGUCAAUGAAGCAGUUUCAUUGUAGCCAUAGUUUCAACAAUUGGGGGUUUCAUUUAUUUGGCUUUUAAUUUUUAGUCAUCUCGCAUCAACGUGUUCGUACAAGCCAGUCGUAAACGUUGUUGCCGUUUUUGUCUUUCUUCCACACGUUCCAGAGAAUUCAUUCGCUCUGUUAUGCCAAUUUUAUUCCAUCUGAUAAUUCCAAUUUCAUCAUUGAAAUAAUGUUUCCAAUUUACAAAUAAAUUCAAUUCAUUACCAUGAA